UUUAUGAGGCUUGCAUAUUUGAUUGGUUAUGGAGUGGAAAUGGAAAGAAGCCCAGUAAACAGUGCAUCGUUAAGCAUGCUCCCCUGGCCCAAGCCUGCAGUGUGGCCACUUGUUCCCCCUGAUGCCUCAGCUGAUAUUCUUGAGAAGGAAAAGAUGAUUCACCAAUCAAGUUCCAGAGUGAAGCACUUCAACAUAGAGAGAAAACCAUUGCCUCUGGAACCGUCUUUACUGCUGAGGGAGGCUAACAGAAGGAGAGCUUCUCUUUCUGUGGGUAAUGCGGUCGAAUUAUUUGAUGGUCGCUGGGUUCCUAUGCUGAUUAUUCGUUUAUAUCUGCGAACUAAUAUGUUAGGUGCCAAGAAACCGGUUAGCAAAGAAGCACUGAUGAAGGCUUUUGGGCUCCCCGCUUCGAAGGUUCUCUCCUAUGAGGAUGAGGAAAGGAAAAAACCCGAAAGUUCUCGUCAGGAGAGAGCCGGUGAAUAA